GAGCCGGUCUUCGACUGUCGAAUGCCAACUUUGGAUCCCGACGGAUCUCCUCCGUAUUUUUACGCGACCGCGUGUGUGCGUGUGGGUCAGCGGUGUGCCGCGUCCGAAUAACUCGUUAUCUAAGGGAACCGUUACCGUUCGAAUGUUAAUCGCCGUGUUCGUUGAAAUACGCUCUAAAAUCUGUUUUUGUUUUUAGUUUCGAUUGAGAUUUUCAUCGCUCGUUCCGUGAUAAAUUAUUUUUGUUACCAAUAAGUCCGCGAUAACCGUUGUUGGUGCAACUACAGAAACAAUAUACUAGACCCGUCAGACGUCAACAUAACCAUGAGGAUUCUGCCGUUCGUUUUCCUCCUGCUCAUGGGAAUGACAUGGAGAUGUGUACAAUCAACAUGUGUUUUUGAAACAGAUUUUGGGCUGUCAAUCAAUUGUGGUCUAAAAAAAUCAGGAUUAUUUCGUGUGAGAAAUCUUGGAGGCCUUAAAGGAUACGUUGGACUUGGAAUACAAUUGGCCGACGAACUAGGAUUCAAGGAAUCGCUGUCGACUCUGGAACAAAAUAGUAAGCGUCGUUCAGUCAACGGGUUCCCAGUACCGGGAUCGUUCGAACCCUUGCAAGCCAUACCGCAAAAGAACAAUCACGCAAUGAACGCUGCAGCUGCCAACAUUGACAAUCAAGACAGAUCGGCUUACGCCAAGAUGAACGGCAAGACUUCCGGUGGCGUGGUCACGGUACCGCCUUUCCGGCCGCUGAUGGCCGCGGCCAACAGCAUGGUACGCAGUGUCAGACUGGCCGCCCAACAACAGCUGCAGCUGCAACAACAGCAACAACAACAACAACAACAGUUCCAGCAACAUCAACAGCAACAACAACAGCAGCAGUUGUUGAAGCCACUGCCCGUGCCAGCGUUCGCCGCGCUUCCCGAGUCCAUAGCCAAAGUCGCGGUGGAGGCGCCGCAACCUUCGCCAUUAGUCGGCGGACAACGACGACCGCCUACGGCUCCCGCGGCCGCGCCGACCGUCAGCCGACUGACCGUGCCGCAAAUGAUGCAACCGGUCGGUUUCGUGCCGGCGCAACGUCAGACGAUACCGUCGCCGGCGUUCGCGUCUCCGUCCCAGCAACAGCAGCAACACCAACUGUUAUCGUCGGCGUUCGCGUCCCAACAACAGCCACAGCAGCAGCCGACCGCGAUCGUGCCGCAGCCGGCGGUCGUCGUGCCGCAGCAACAGCAGUCGGCGGUCAUCUUGCCGCAGCAACAGCAACUUUCGCCGGUGUACUAUCACAACGCCAUGCAGCAAGCGGCCAACAGACGUUUCAACGCGUUCGGCCAAAGUUCACAAAACUCGGUAGACGUACGACCGGUAAUCGUGGUUCCCGCAAUACCGGUAGCUGACAAUCAGAAGAAGCAAAUCGACAGUCAUUUACCUCUAUCAAACGAAGUAGAUCCGGGAUCGAUGAUGUCGUUGUUUAAUAUUGCAGCCGCCAACAACGUAAGUGUCGAACAGCUAGCCAUGGCUCUCCGACAUCGACAGCAGCAGACGUUUUACCCGAAGGCCAUCGACGACGUAACCACACCUACGCCGACCACAACUGUUACUGCGUUGCCUACUACAACUACCACGUUGCCACCACCAAUUACCUCAGCAUACAUUCCAGAUGAGCAACAGGCGGUCACCAAGAAAAUAGCUGUUAAACCGUACAAGUCAAAAUACAUGAGCAGCCACAAGGUUAUGAACGCACCCAAAGAAUACUAUCCCGUGGGAUACGACAAAAACUUCGAUGACAACUUUGUGUCCAAAGUAGACUUGCCUGACACGACCUUCAGUUGUGGUGAGCAGAAGCAUUUCCCCGGAUUGUACGGAGACGAGGAUUUGGGCUGCAUGGUGUUCCACGUGUGUGCAUUCACUGACGACGGCCUUACUCAAAAGAGCUUCUUGUGUCCUGAGUCAACACUAUUUGACCAGACUAUACUUAAGUGCAACUGGUGGUUUUAUGUUGAUUGCAAGUCAUCUAGGAAGUUGUAUGACAGCAAUAUUCCUAUAUCGAAGAGCUAUCAACUGAUGAAAGCACUAACAUUCUUCUCAUCGUACUCAGCUGGACCAACCAUGGACGCUUCUGUGGCCGCUGCAACCGCUGCUGUUUCACGAGAUUCGUCAGACGAGCCGAACAAGUCCGAUCUCACUACAGAUUCAUCAAAAUUCGAGUCCGUUUCAAGUUCGUCAAAUUCAAACACCACUACCUCUUCUGAUGUCCUCGACAAUGUUUCGUUUCGAAAAUGAAUAGAUAUUUUAUCCUAAUCACACCCUUCUUCACUCCCAUAAACAAAAAUAGAAGGCCAAUCUUUUUUUUUUUUUUCAGUGCGCGCGUUUGUUAUGUAAACAACGUUUUGCAAAUAUUUAAUAACUUUAUUAUUUUAUUUAUUAUUUUAUUUAUACACAACGUUUAUAUCGUUGUAACAAAUAGGUUUCAAUUAUUUUAGAUGUUAACUA